CUCCUUUGUCCAGUUGUCCUGGUCCCGGCCAAUAUACAGCAAGAAGGAAAAGCAGUGACGAGCCAAGGAACCAAUGGAGGACUACUACUACUUCCCCAGCUCCGGGCAGACCGCCAGCUACGUCGACGCGGGCUUCCCGGGCCACGCUGCGUCUCGCGACCCGAGCUCGCCGCCGCCGAGGACCCGCCGCGCGUCCCGCGACGCCGGCGAGCUCCGGCACCACUACCUCGACGCCUGCUUCCGGUGCCGGCGGCAUCUCGGCGGGAACAAGGACAUCUUCAUGUACAGGGGCGACAUCCCGUUCUGCAGCGAGGAUUGCCGGCAGCAGCAGAUCGAGGCCGACGAGGCGAGGGAGAGGGGCUCCAAGCAGCCCGCCGCCGCGAAGGGGGAGCGUGAGCGGCGGCAGCGGCGGCAGAGCAGCAGCCCGAAGAGGAUCCCCCUCUGGGCGCGGUAGAUCGACCAAGCCGGCGGCAUCCAACCGAAACACUACUACGACAUACGAGCGCCUGAACUGAUUGGCGCAUGUUGUCGAAUCAUCGAUGCCCCAAGUUCGUGGUACGCAUGUGGCCUCCAGCUAGCUCGUCGGUUGCCAACGAACAAGACGCGAUGAGAAGUUGCUUGAGCGGUUGAGCCUACGGGGACGCGAAGAGGGCGCUUCUUGCCGGAAUCGGCUUUGUCCCUGAUGUCUCGGAGAAAGGACAGAUCGUCUCUUGGCCCAGUUUUUGUGUGGAUUACCGAAUUAUUAGUGCAGGUUUUUGUUCCGUUGCUUGGCGCGAUCAAGCGCCAGCAACUGGUAUUUUUGUGUGUUUGUGUGCGAUUGCCAUGUACUCCAACAUCCUGGUACGAACUGUCAUGAACAAAUACCAUCAAGCGCGAGCUGUGGCUUUUCCGUAUUCA